AUGCUAUGCUACAAAUUACUGGGUAGUAGUAAUCAUUUGCGAAGUUUAAGCAGUCGAAACAUUCCAGCAAAUGUGCAUGUUAUAGGUAGACGAUGGGCUGUGAUUCCAUCAAAAAAUGGAAGCUUCACGAGAAGAAGACGAAGAAAGAUCAGAGAUGUCUCUUUUGACAACUUGAAUCUUAAAAAUAUAGACUCAAAAAGUGCCAAAUCUGUCGAAUUCAAAGUCAAACAACUGCAAGAGUUUACCAGAAAUCUAAGAGAACACAUCAAAGUAGCGGAUAGUAGUGUCGCCAAGAGUGAGGCACAGAAGGAGCUGCAUAUCUUCGAAAAAGAGGCCUCUGAAAGGGAUGCGGAUAUGGUCUACAAUGAAUUGACUUCCAGGCCCCUUGUAGACUCUCAAAGUUUGAUGACUUCGAGUAAUGAUGACGUAGAGCAUCUAUCUACGUUAAUUUUAGCCAGUGAAAAAAACGCUGCAAGUACUUUACUUCCAGAUGUUAUAAGAGGCCGAAUAAAUGAUGAUAAUUCAGUACUUAGCUUUCUGUUGGAUAAAUCGCAACAGAACUGGGAUGGCAUAGUGUCAAAACUUUAUAAGUCGGAGCUGCGACUGAAAAGUAUCUCGAGAAAUAUUUUGCAAAAAUACAUACUAUCCAGAGUAGAUAAUCUUUCCCUCGAAAGUAUUGAAAGAAUGGAUAAAAUGCUUUUGGAAAAUAUAGAUGGGGACAUAACCAAGUUUAGUACCUCAAUGUAUGAAUGUCUAUUUUUCAAUUUGGCCAAAUUGAAAACGGAAGACAUCACCGGUGAAGCAGUGAUAGGCAAGAUGAAACGACUAAUUGAAAGAUUUGAUAAUGCAAAAGAGUUGAAUAGCAACGCAAAAAUGACCCAAUUUAUACUUAACAGCUGUAUCAAAUACUCGACCAAAUUGAUCAGCUUUGAAAGUAUGAAUUUCUUUCUUUCUAAAUUCAAAGAAGAUUACGGAUUACUGCCCAACAGAGAAAAUUACACAACGAUUAUUCAAUUUUAUACCAGACUGGGUGUAUCAAAGCAAGCGUGGAAUGUUUUUGACACGAUGAAAUUUUUAUCUAAAGGUCAUUCUCCAGAUGUUAUCACGUAUAACACAGUUCUACAUCUCUGUAACAAAGAUAAAAACUAUGCUAGAGCUAUCGAUAUCUAUCAAGAAAUGAUUGAUCAAAACAUUGAGCCGUCUGUUCAAACAUUGAAUAUAAUGGCGAAAACAAUGGCUAGAGCAAGUUCUGAUCCCAUCACAAGCGAACAUAAACAAGAAUCCUUGAGAUUGUUAGGAUGGAAGUAUAUUCAUAUGGUCGAAGGUAAAUUCAAUUCCAAACAAUCAGAUAAGUAUUUAUAUCAUACUUUGAACUCAAUGAUGGCUUUAGCAGCAUAUGAUGGAGAUGUAGGAUUAGCAAGAGCUCUGUAUUUUAAGUAUUGCUCACAGAGAUACCGUGAGGUGACGAAAAAUUGGAUAAACAAGUCCCUGGAAAAGAAAUUAUGGAGCCACGUAUUAGAUCCUGAAUUGCUAAACUAUUUGCUACUUUCUUACUCGAACUAUAAUCCAAAUAAAUUACCUCUUUUGAUGGGAUAUGAAGAGGGUAUCAAAUUUAGAAGGAAUAUACUAAAUGGUGUUGAUUACACUAGCAGAAGCAAUAGUGAUGAUGAAAUCAAUUUUGGAUUGCCAUUGCUUCCGGUACGCGAGCUAUCAAAUGCAUCAGAAAUCCUCUUUGAGUCUAGAGCAAUUUGGCAAUUCAACUUAGAGUUCGGCGGGAAUUUAGAUCUGAAAAGUUCUCCCCAGUUUUUAAAUAAAGAAGAAUUGAAAAGAAUGUUAGUCAAUUCAGCUUCCUUGGAUCAAUGCAAAUUCCUGAUGUUGGAGAGGGUUGCUCAAUUGAAAAGUUCUUUGGUCAAUCACAAAGUUUUGAAUACUAUGUCACUGACCUCUUUCUUAACGAUACCUAUUAAGGUGAGAGACAAAAAGGAAUUUAUUCUGAGGUUAAAAGAGUUCACUUUUCAACAACAGGAAUUCGAUACACAUGUCAAAAGUUUUUUCACUGAAGUUUUGCAAUUAGAUAAGCCUGUGGCAAGCAAUGAAGCGGACCAGGAAAUUACUGUCACCAAUGAAAUGGAACAGAGAUUGGCAUAUUUUGCCUCUAUGAAACACAAGAUUUUAGCAAACUGCAGCAUAUACGAAUUAAUGAUGAAAGCUGCAGCAUCAUUUGGUGAUCUUGAAUUAGCAUCAAAAGCAUGGAGGGACCGAGGAGAAUUCAGAAAGACAAUGGCUUUUAAAUGUUUGGAUGCGGCCGAAAGAAGUCGAAGAGAUACGGAGUUUGCCUUUUUGAUGGUUCAAUUUUUCUCAAGUCAAAAAUUGUUUUCUGAUGCCUUAGGAAUAAUAAUGACAUCGCAAAAGUACAUUCAUUGGAAGUAUCCAAUGAUCAAAUGCUUGCACAAAGGUCUGUUAGAAAUUGAAGACAUGAAGAGUAUUAAAAUUUUACUUGAUAUUGUAAAUAGAAAAUCAGCUGUUCAAAAUAUAGAAGAGCAAAUUCAAGAACUAAAAUUUUAA